AUGUUGUCAUAUGCUGGUAGAUUCCUCUUAGUGAAGAGUGACUUAUUUUCUAUUGUUAAUUACUGGCUUCAGAUAUUUCCUCAUCCUAAGAAAAUUCUUCACCAUGUUGAGAGUUUAUGUAGAAAUUUCCUAUGGACAGACAAGGAUAUUGUGAGUUGUAAGACGCCUAUAUCUUGGGAUCACUUAUGUGAUCCUAUAGUUGUAGGAGGUCUAAUCCUUCUUGACUUAGGGGUGUGGAACCGUGCAUCCUUGGGAAAAAUGCUCUGGAAUCUUAAUACUAAGAAGGAUAGAAUGUGGAUCAGUUGGGUAAAUCAUUACUAUAUGAAGCGUGGGGCGGAUGCUGCGAAUUACUGCCCUAAGCAGAGUGAUUCAUGGAUCAUUAAAGCCAUGUUUAAACUUAGGGAUCUGUUUAUGAAUUCUAUGACUUGGAGGAACUUGAUUAGAUGGAACAUGGCUAGUCCAAGGGCUUUGUUUAUAUUGUGGAUGACAUGUCAAAGUAGACUACAUACCAAAGAUAGACUUGCCAAAUUUGGUAUUGUGACUGAUGGAUUAUGUUUGUUUUGUGGAGAGGUUGAAACCUGUGACCACUUGUUCUUUGAUUGCAGGGAUACAAGUUCUUUUUGGCAGCAGGUUUUGACUUGGAGCCAGGAUACACAUACUCCUCAAGCAUGGAAAGAUGAAUUACAAUGGUUAACUACUCAUGCUAAGGGAAAAAGCAACAGAGCUAAGCUUCUUCGAAUCUGCAUUGCUGAAGUAUUAUACCAUGUGUGGAUUGUGAGAAACAGUAGAUUUUUUAAUCCUACAAAAAUGGAGCAACUCAAUCUGCAAUGGGUUUUGGACCGGAUCAAGUAUAGGGCGAAAAUUGCCAGCAAACUAGGAGCUUAUGUUGUUAACUUGUAG